AUGGACAAGCGAGAAAUAGAGGAUCAAUAUCUGAAAAUCAAUAAAUUUUUUGGACAGUUAGUUGGUGUAUGGCCAUAUCAGAAAAAAUUUUUCAAAACUUGCAUACGAUUCGUCACGUUUACCAUAAUGAUUUUUAGCCUUGCAACACAGAUAUCACGAGUAAUAGUUUUCUACAGUUUGGAUGUUCUAUCGGAUCAAUUGCCAUACAUCAAUGCAGGAAUUGUCACCUUAUUCAAGCAAUACAACUAUAUUGUAAACGAGGAUAAGCUCAGAGAACUUUUAAACGAUAUUGUAUCCGACCGAUUGAUGGAACGAUCGAAGGAGGAAUUAGAAAUAUUGGAAAUGUAUUCAAGAAGGACAACAGCCCUCUGCGCUCUUUACAAAGUUAUGGUAUAUUCCUGCGCGUUCAUGUUCCUCGUCAUACCGACUAUACCGCCUAUUCUGAACAUCAUCGCGCCUUUGAACGUAUCACGAGGCCGUGAAUUUAUCUAUCCAACCUAUUAUUUCGUAGACGAGGAGAAAUAUUAUUAUCCCAUAUUGACGCAUAUGAUAGCAGUGAUAUUGGUACUGUCUUCAGUGUAUCUGGCCUGCGAUACAAAUUUGGUACAAAUUGUGCAUCACGGAUGCGCCUUGCUAGCUAUCAGUGGGUAUCAUUUCAAGCAUGCAGUGAAUGACGUAAAGUUUUUCGACGGAUAUUAUAUAGACGCCUCAAUGGAUGAAACUUAUGUAAAAAUUCGGCAAUCGAUUAAAGCUCACAAAACGGCCGUUGAAUACGUGGAUAAAAUAGACGCCUGCCACAUACAUUACUUCUUACUUGUCAUAGGAAUGAUAGUAUUAGCUUUCACCGGUACUUUCCUAAAGUUGUCGACCAUGGAAGUGGGGAUAAGAUUCUUUACGUUCUGCGCAUACACUAUAGCUCAAUUAAUCCAUCUAUUUUUCUUAACGAUUAUGGGACAGUUUCUCAUAAAUGCCAACGAAGAAACUUUCAAAACAAUAUAUGAAGCACAUUGGUACAAUGGUUCGUCGAAAAUGCAAUCAUUAUACGUAUUGGUACUUCGAAAAUGUUUGAGUCCGCCAAAAUUGACGGGAGGGGGAUUUGUCGCUUUGAAUUUAGACAGCUUUGUACAGAUUCUGAAAGCAUCAUUUUCGUAUUACACUGUAUUUCUCAGAGAACUUCUAAAUGACAUCAUAUCCGAUCGGUUGAUAAAACGAUCGAAGAAGGAAUUGGAGAUUUUGGAAUUGUAUUCGAGAAAAGCAACAACGCUGUGCAUUCUUUACAAAGCUAUGGUAUAUUCCUGCGCGUUCAUGUUCCUCGUCAUACCGACAAUACCGCCUAUUCUGAAUAUCAUAGCGCCUUUGAACGUAUCACGAGACCGUGAAUUUAUCUAUCCAACCUAUUAUUUCGUAGACGAGGAGAAGUAUUAUUAUCCCAUAUUAAUGCAUAUGAUAGUAGCGAUAUUGGUACUGUCUUCGAUAUAUCUAGCCUGUGAUACGAAUUUGGUACAAGUUGUGCAUCAUGGAUGCGCCUUGUUAGCUAUCAGUGGGUAUCGUUUCAAGCAUGCAGUGGAUGACGUAAAGAUUUACGAUGAAAAUUAUAUCACGCUAAUGGAUGAAACUUAUACGAGAGUCAAACAUUCCAUAAAAGCCCACAAAACAGCCGUUGAAUACGUGGAUAAAAUAGACGCCUGCCACAUAUAUUACUUCUUACUUACCAUAGGAAUGAUAGUAUUAGCUUUCACUGGUACUUUCGUGAAGCUGUCGACCAUGGAAGUGGGGAUUAGAUUUUUCACAUUCUGUGCAUACACUGUUGCUCAACUAACUCAUCUGUUUUUCCUAACGAUUAUGGGACAAUUUCUUAUAAAUGCCAAUGAAGAAAUUUUCAAAACAAUAUACGAAGCACAUUGGUACAACGGUUCAUCAAAAACGCAAUUAUUGUACGUCCUGGUACUUCGAAAAUGCUUGACUUCUCCAAAACUGACAGGAGGGGGAUUGAUUAUUUUGAAUUUAGAUAGUUUUGUACAGAUAUCACGGGUAAUAAUGUUUUAUAAUAUAGACGUUUUAUCAGAUCAAUUGCCAUAUUUGGACAUAGGAUUCGUCCUCUUAUGCAAACAGUACAAUUAUAUCCUAAACGAGGAUAAGCUCAGAGAACUUUUGAAUGAAAUUAUAUCCGAUCGAUUGAUAAAACGAUCGAAGGAAGAGUUAGAGAUUCUGGAAAUGUAUUUAAAAAGAGCAAGAAUGCUUUCUACUGUUUACGAAGUUAGUAUAUUUUUCUGCGUCUUCAUGUUCCUUCUUAUACCAAGUAUACCACCUAUUCUGAACAUCAUCUCUCCCUUGAACGAGUCACGUAGCCGAGAACUAAUCUAUCCAUCUUAUUAUUUUGUGGAUGAAGAGAAAUAUUAUUAUCCCAUAUUAAUGCACAUGAUAACAGUUGCGUUAAUACUGACUUCAGUAUACGUAGCCUGCGACACGUAUUUGGUUUACAUUGUACAUCAUGGAUGCGCUUUGUUAGCAAUAAGCGGGUAUUGUUUCAAGCACGCUGUGGAUGACAUUAAGCUUUGCGGAGGAGAUUAUAUUGAGUCGUUAAUGGAUGAAACUUACACGAAAGUUAAACAGUCCAUUAAAGCCCACAAAACAGCCGUUGAAUACGUGGAUAAAAUAGACGCCUGCCACAUACAUUACUUCUUACUUAUCAUAGGAAUGAUAGUAUUAGCUUUCACCGGUACUUUCGUAAAGUUGUCAUCGAUGGAAGUGAAUGUUAGGUUUUUCACGUUCUGUGCAUUCACUGUUGGCCAAUUGACACAUCUGUUUUUUUUAACGAUCAUGGGACAAUUUUUGAUAAACGCCAACGACGAAAUUUUCAAAACAAUAUAUGAAGCAUAUUGGUACAAUGGUUCGUCGAGAACGCAGUCAUUGUACGUAUUGGUACUUCGAAAAUGUUUGAGCCCGCCAAAAUUGACAGGAGGAGGAUUGAUUGCUUUGAAUUUGGAUAGCUUUUUACAGAUAAUCAAAGCAGCUGUUUCCUAUUAUACAGUAAUGCAAACGACGUAA